UUAAAAAAUGGCGGAAAAGGGCACCCAACCAAAAAGUUGUUUUACGCCAUCCUCGUCUUCGUGGCUCUUACCUCCCCUGCCUGGGGUGACGUGUGCACUGGGAAGGGCACUCUGGGGCAAAGAUUCCGAGUCAACAUGGCCAUCAACGAUGCCAACAACGACUCUUUCGUCACGGGCCCGGAGAUCUUCAACGACUUUAAAAACAACUACGACACCAACAAAGACGGCUGCAUCACUCUGGUCGAGUGGAAAAACCGCUGGGAGCAGGGACUUCUCCUGUCCAAGGAAUACGCCCUCAAUCGUUGGGCCGCCGUGCCCAAAAGUAAGGACCCCACAUGCCCCGUCAAGUACGCCUUUUACCGGACCAACACCGACAUCAAGAUCCCAGUGGCCGGUUUUCUCGGGGACAAUCUGAAGACGCUCGUGGACACGUGCAAAAGUGACAGCUCGCUGCUCACCUCCAACUGCGACUGUAGCCAGUUGUUGGGCGCUUGUACCAAGAACCCUUAUCUCAGCCAAAACGCCGUGUGUAAAGCGUACGUAGCUAAGCCAAUUACGCCAGCCGUAGGUUGAUUGAUGCUCCCCUCUCCUCCGUCACUGCCCCCCCCCCCACCCCCGGAAAGAAAUAGAUUUUUAAAAAUAACAUAAGAAUUAAACAUUAAUCAAUAAAAAUACCAGUCCUGUGUUAUGAACAGUAGGGAGACCAAAACGACCCUGGAUCGACUCUGUAAAGGACACCAUCAGAGCUCACGACCUGACCCUCCAUCAAGCCACUUGACUCACAGCUGACAGAACAUUGUAUUUUUGUUUCUUCCCCCGACAUCUAUCGGAAUCAACGGAAGGAAAAACUGAAAGUGAAAGAAAAAUUAAGUUGUG